AUGUCUUCUGAGUCAAACAUCACAGUGCUUUACUUCGCAGCUGCUUCGACAGCUACAGGACUCACCGAGCAGAGUAUCGCCCUACCACAAAACCCUUUCCCUUUAUCAUCAUUAGCAUCCGUCAUCAUAUCGCAGCAUCCCAAUAAAGGGUUAGAGAAGAUCCUCGGAACGAGUCAGUGGAGUGUCGAUGCUGAGAUGGUAGAUGAUCCAGAAAAGGUACUGCUCAAAGGCGGGCAGGAAGUAGCUGUGAUUUGUCCUGUAUCUGGAGGUUAG